AUGGCUUCAAAUGAUGGACCACGCUUGCAUGACGGUAGUGGAUCAGAGACUGAGGACGAUGUUACUGAAACAUCACCAACACCACCAGUGAGUACAAGUAGCAAAGGGAAAGGGAAGAGAAAAAAACCAGAAGAAGAAAGCGCUAAGAAGCAGAAUACAUGGUCUGAAGUAUGGGAUCAUUUCUCGAGACCUGAGAAGGACAAGACCAAAGCAGUUUGCAAUUAUUUCAAGAAGAUCUUUUCUGCUCCAUCAGGCAAUGGCACAUCUAAUCUGAAGAAACAUUACAUGGUCUCUUGCAAGGCUUACAAUGUGUGGAAAGUUGCUAACACUGGAAAGAAGGACCAAACCGUGUUGUCUCCUGAUGGUUCUGAUGGUCUUCGGCUUUCUAAAGUGAAUGAGAAGGUGAUCAGGGAAGCUUCUAAUGAGAUGAUGGUUAUUGCAGAGCUGCCUUUAUCUUUCAUUGAGGGCUUGGGAUGGAAACAUUUCUGCACUAGAGCAAAGUUGCCCAAUCCUCAUUCAAGGAGAACAGCUACUAGAGACAUUGUGGAGAUGUAUGUUCAGAGGAAAGCUGGGAUAAAGAAGAUUCUCGAUGAGAAUAAGCAGAGACUGUCUCUGACUACAGACAUUUGGGUCGCACCACAUACAGGAGCUAGUUAUAUGGUUAUCCCAGCUCAUUUUGUUGAUGCUUGGUGGCAAUUAAGGAAGCUAAUCAUUGGAUUCAGGAACGUCUAUGACCAUAAAGCUGCGACUAUAAGUAAGGUUCUAAUUGAUUGUUUGGUGGAGUGGGACAUCAAGCGAAUAUUCUGCAUCACCUAUGAUAACGCCACAGCUAACAGUAAUGCCAUGGAGACAUUCAAGAAAGAGUUUAAGCAGAUAGGAGAUGAUGCAUUGAUUCUGAACGGUAACUUUCUUCAUUUGAGGUGUUCUACUCACAUCAUUAAUUUGAUUGUGAAAGAAGGUCUGAUGGAGAUAGGUAGCAGUGUUAAUGCUAUCCGUAAUGGCAUCUACUUUGUCAGAUCUUCCACACCUAGGCUCAAGGCAUUUGAGAAUCAUGUGGAAUCAAGAAGGAUUCAAAGAGGAAGCUUGCCUCUAGAUGUGAAGACUAGAUGGAAUUCAACUUAUGUGAUGUUAGACCAAGCGUUAAAGUUCAGAUCGGCAUUUGACAAGAUGCAUGAGUUGGAUUUUCCGUAUAUCAAGUACUUCACGGAUAUUGUGGAGGGAAAAAAAGGGUUGGACCACCAACCAAAGAUGAUUUUGGUUCGGUUGACAGGUCCCAAGUCUGAAGAUCUGAAGGAUGAUGUGAAGGAUAUUUUGAAGGAUCUGUUUGACGAGUAUGAUAGUAAAGUAAACAAGAAUGGAGGUGUUGAAUCAGGUUCAUUGUCGCAGUCAAAUGAAGCGUCUACUAGUUCUGCUCAGAACUUGUCGACGAAGGAGCUUGUCGACGAAGGAGGUUUUCAAGAGAAGAUGAAUGAGUUGGAUUUGUACUUGAAAGAGAAGCUUGAGAAUCCAACUACUUUUGAUGGGACAUAUUAUGAUGUGCCUUCUUGGUGGAAGGUGAACACUUAUAAGUUUCCGGUUCUCUCUGUGAUAGCUAGAGAUAUACUUGCAAUGCAAGUGUCUUCAGUUGCUUCAGAGUCAGCCUUUAGUACCUCAGGAAGAGUUUUAGAACCAAGUAGAAGCUGCUUGACUCAUUACACAAUUGAAGUUUUGAUGUGUCUUGAGCAAUGGAUGAAAUGUGGUCAAAAAGGAACAGCUGCUUGCGGAUGUUGA